AUGAAGCUCUCCCUGGUGUUUGAGCUUCUGUUAAUAUUUGUGCUAUUAGCAUUUGCAGCAUCUAAAAAUAUCGGUCGGCAGAAAAAUAAUAAAAAGGAAAUACAAAAACAAAAUGAUGGUAUUCAAAUAGAAGAUAACAGCAUAAACAAAUAUUGCAAGUGUUCAGAAGCAUUUUGCAACUGUUGCAGAGAUUUUGCAGUGCCUAUUAUAAAUCUUAAUGGUCCAGGAUGUGCUUCACUUAUGUAUUUAAAUGGCGAUAAGAUGUCAGUAUCACUAAGUUUCGGUAACAAAGUAAUUACCAACCGAACACUUUCAGGUCGCAAACCAAGUCCCGUUUGCAUGCCUCUCCCUGGAGGUGUAUCAAAGUUUUGUGGACGAGUUUAUAAUAUUGCAAGAUCUGGAGAAGAAUUUCGAGCUUGUUUAGGUUUAGAGCUUCAAGCUAAAAAUGCUGUAGAAGCAGCUGUUAGGGUAUCCUGCUUUAAGUUUGGCUCCAGAGGCGUAAUAUCUGAGCCAGCUGAUCCUUUGCCAUUAGUGCCACAGGGUGAAAAGGAUACUGAUGAUGAUGAUGAUGAUGAUGACGACGAUGAUGACGAUGAUGACGUCGACUUUGGACUUGACGCAGACGAUGAUGAUGAUGAUGACUAUGAAGACGAUGGUGAUGACGAUGAAGAUGAAGACGAUGGGGGCCUUGAUGCCGUCAAUGGUGUAGAUAGUGUAGACUACACAGGCUUUAGUCUUCUAGGAGAAGAUUUAUUAGGAGACCUAUUUGGAGGUUCAUCAAGCGGCAAGAAACCUAAUAAAAAUAAAAACAAAAAUAAGCAAGCGCCAAUAAUUUCGACGACGACUCGACGUCCCCGACCCUCUCGUAGACCAACAAUUAGGCCUUUUAGAACGACAACAUUAAGACCUACUACCGCUAUAAGAACUACAACUGUUAGAGUACGACCGGUUAAUCGCAGACCUACACGCAGACCUGUAAGACGACCGGCAAGACGCACUACAACUGUUUCUUCUAUUCAAACUGAAGAAAGCUCAACACUUGCACCAAUAUCUACCACGGUACCUGUGAAGGUCGAACAGAUUAAGCUUAAUGAACCAUUAAACGAAAAUACAGAAAUUUCUCAGAGUGCUGAAGUUCAUCAAGUAAUACCAAUUACUCAAAAACCUAUGGUUUCUCCAGAGUCUACAAGCCCUAGUGUAACAACAUUCGAAGACGCUGGAUUAGAAAUGUCUUUAGCUCAUAUAACCGAUCAGCUCUCUCUUAUACCCGUGACUCAAUUGAAACCUACGGAAAUAAAGGAUACUAGUGAACAAAUAUUUACUGAAAAAAUGCCUACUAAUGAAGAGGUUACCUACGAACAAGUGCAAACUAUAACAUCCAAACCACAUUCCACAAUUCCUUAUGCCACGGUAGUAGACGAUGAUAGUAAUGAAGAUAUGGUGCAAAUCGUUCAAACUCUUGACUCACAUUCUGAAGAACAUGCUGCAGAUAGCGAAAAUGUAAUAGAAGAUAAUAGGUCCCAUAAAGAUAAUACACCAAGUCACCACUAUGAAGGACUUUCUUUACCGAAGAAAAAGCACCGUGGAUUUCGAUUUGAUGAUUUAGUUGUUCUUGAUUUAACAGGCAUCGGUGAAAGUGUUGGACAACAAUUAGGUAUUUUUGGUCGACACAAAAGACAAAACAGAAAUAAAGAAACUAAACCUCAUAAUAUUAAGGGUGUGAGUGAUUACGAUGAUUUGCUGGGAUUAGAUGCUUUGAGUGAAUCUAUGGGACUUCCUGACAUAGAAGAUCUAAGUAGAAAAGAUAGAAGACGGCAAAAUAAAAUGAUGCGUGGACUGUGGCCUAGUCAAAUUAUCGAUAAAAAUGACGUUUCAUAUGAUGUUAUAAAUUUUAAAAUACCACGGACAGUAUGGAAACAAGCUUUAAAUCCCACGCCAGUUUUAAAAUCUCCAGUUACUAUCACCAUACCAAUACAUGUGGCAGAAGAAGACGAAGAAAGUAACGAUGAUUAUAUAGAAAAUGAGCCAUCUGAAGGGCCUAUAAUAGAGAAUGUAACACUAGUAAGUGACGAGCCCGUGGUUCCUGUUUCCACACAAACUGUUUCAGCCCCAAUUAAUGUUACUCAUGCCCCAGUAUUACAAGACGAAAUAACAGAAGAGCCAAGUCAAGAAUUAAGUGGACAAGUUACAAGAUUUCCUUGUACCUGUGGCGGCGGACAAUGUGGUUGUUGUACGGGAACUAUCUUACAGCGAUUUAGAAUGAAAGCCUGUGGAAACAUGUCUUUUGUGCCUGAAGACUUCGUUUUCGACGUGCGAUUAACUGUUAAUAACAAUACUGUUGUUCGCAGAAGAGUUUCAGCCAGUGAUCCUCCGCCGAUAUGCUUUAACCCUAGGAGAGCCCCCUUUGUUCGUGUUUGCGCAGAAAUAAGCAAUAUUCGCAUUCGAAAUGGAAAUGCUUUUGCCUGCUUGGAUAUUAAUGCGGAUAUUGGAAGCUUUCCUAUCUACUCUGCUUCCUUUAGAUGUUUCGGUCUAGGAUCAUCAGGGCUACAAACAGGUUUAAAGCCAAAACCUGUUUCUUCAGGACCAAAGCCUGUAAGUCUCUUUGGUAGUGGUAAUAACGAUAACAGCGGAACAAUAUUGGAUGCAGCUGGAUCACUUAUAGGCGGAGAAAAUGGUAUAUUUGGAGCACCGGAAGGUGGACUUUUUGGUGGAGGAGAUGGUCCUCUAGACGUAAUCGGUGAUGCAGUUGGAAACUUAUUCGAUGAAAGAGAUUUUGAC